GUUCUCUCAACCUCGAACCCAACGUCACCAGAGCUCGGAGGCAUUUCCAUUCAUCCAUCAAUUUGCUGACACUCCUGCCCCCGACCGGCUCUGGUCUGUCUUGUUUUUGGAAGUUGACACACAACACCGAAUGCUCAUACACCUGGAGCCAACAAAAUUCCGCUCCGACUUCCUAUCUCCCUGACUUUGCCUUUCUUGACUGGCCACCUUCCUCUCAUUUCCGCAAGGUGUCGCACGACACCUGAAUUUCCAGCAGUCAAUACCGACUCCAUCAUUCACCAUGGGCCAGCAACAAUCGGCUGAGGAUAAGAAGAGCUCGGGUUCCAGAUCUGGCACACCGCAAGCUGAAAGAGAACGCAAGAUCAACCAAAGAGUCUCCAUCCAAGCCCUCUCGCAGGGCCGAGGCACUCCUGUCGACGCUUCUGCUACAAAAGACACCGCUGUUGCCCAAACCACUUCCCAGCAUCUCGAGAAACCAGCGUUACAGCAAUACCUUCAGGCCUCGUCCUCUGACCCUCAUCCCAGAACCACCAAGGUUGAGAGGUCCACCCCGAGGACACCUCGAGACAAGAAGAAUGAGUUGGAAUACAGACAGAAAUAUCAGACUCCAAGCCAACCACCCCUUACUGUCCCACAGGCUUCGGGUCCCAUGGAUGUUCCCAUGUCACGAAGCAAACAAGAGACCAUCGAGGAACGUUUUGAUGAGAAGCAGGAGGACUUCCCCGAGGGUCAUGCAUACGAGGAUCGACGCUACGCACCCGUGGCUCAACUUCGACCUCCCCGUCUCCCUCUUCCUAUCGCGGAUGUGCCGAUACCGGAAUCGCCAACUCUGAUGCCCGUUGACAAGGGAAAUGCCGACGUCCCAAUAUUCGAGACUGAUGAUCCUCUAUCGACUGGAGAACCUCCGCUGAGGCGGAGGAGUUCUAUGUUGAGCACGACCACACAGUCCGAGGAUGAGCUUGGCGAAGAAUUGCAGCCGUACGCAGUUCACCCUACAACUCAAACUGUUCCGACUGUUAUUGAGUGGAAUCAAGGCGGGCACAAGGUGUACGUGACGGGAACCUUUGCAAAUUGGGAAAAGAAAUACAGACUGCAUCCGAGGAAAAACGCGCCUGGCAUGUUCACCACCAUCAAUCUCCCCUCAGGAACUCACCAUCUUAAAUUCGUGGUGGACGGAGAGAUGGUCACCAGUGCCGAAUUGCCCACUGCAGUCGAUUUCAACAAUUUCUUAGUCAACUACAUUGAGAUUGCUACGGAAGACAUCACGAAGCCCAGAAGAGAAAGUACCCAACCCGGGACGAAGGCUACUGCACUAGUGCCAGAAGAACAACGUGAACAAGCCGAAUCCGGGGAACAGACACCUGAGGAUUCAGAUGUAGAAGAACCACAUCUUGAGGAAAUUCCAAUGGGUGACUGGCGUCAAGUGGUUCCACCAUACCUGAUCGAUGUCGACUUGCCUGAAGACGACCCGAAAUACAAGGCUGCGGGCCAGAUCAUCCAAGAACUAGGAAAUCCGCCAGCCCUGCCCCUCUUCCUGAGCAGGUCUAUUUUGAACGGUAUCUUGCCGGUCAAGGACGAUAACAGCGUCCUGACUCUGCCAAACCAUACUGUUCUGAACCAUCUCAUGACUAGUAGCGUGAAGAAUGGUGUUCUGGCGACGAGUGUGACGACCCGCUACAAGAAAAAGUAUGUGACUACGAUCUCCUUCAAGCCUGUUCCAAAGGCGCAAACUGCUGAAUGAGGGAUUGGACUGGCUGCUCUACCCGUUAUGACUUGGCGACUGUGGGUUGGUGUUCAUAAAAUUGCUGGAUGUUGAUGAACUCACGACCACUAAUUGGGAUGGUGUUACGGAGUGGUCACUCAACGAGUUCGUGCGAUAGAGAGCAGACAUCCCACGGCUUUCUCUCCACUCAAAAGACAUGUCAGAUUCAUCAUCAUAUAGAAUCGUGUUUGGGUUCAUUCAAGUCGACAAAAAGAUUCAAUCAUCCCUCCAUGAAACAAACACAUCAUCGGUUCGAAAUCGUUGCGUGCAGGUGCUGUCCUCCAGCAUCGUCGUAAAACCGGUCUGAUAUGCGAGUAAUCCCGCGUGCGCAAUCAUAAUCCCAUUGUCAAUGCAGAAUCUCU